AUCAGGGCCGCUAAAACCCUAAAACCCUCUACUUCUUUUCUCUUCAAAGACCUUCACUCUCCCCAAACAGUGAAGUUUCCAACUCUCUCCUAUGAAGUUUCCCCAAACAGAGAAGACGCUUUUGGGCUACGGAUUGAAACGGCGGAGAUAAUGGGGAAGACGCACAUGAUGAUAGCAAGAGGGGGUCACGCCCACACCGUUUGCUUCAAACACUACAGCCAAUCCGGUGACUUUCACCUUUGUAGUGUGAUAAAGAAAGUUGCAGUCGGUUCAAAUACUCAGUGGCGUGGAAAAUCGUAUGCGGCAUCUGUUCCUUCUUCCGACGUACCAAGCGAUGCCCAGAGACGGAAAAGGGUCUCCAAAGAUGAGCGCCAAGCUAUGGUCCACUCUUUUGUUAACAAGUAUAGAGAGAUGAAUGCAGGAAAGUUUCCAACUAGUUCUGCUACUAGAAAAGAAGUGGGUGGCAGUUAUUAUACUAUCAGAAAGAUCAUUCAGGAGCUAGAAUACAAUUCUAAAAUCCCUCCGUUAGAUAGCAGGAAGGGAAGUCCAUUAACAGAAGCAAAGGAUGGUGGGUCAGAAUUGCCCUCUGGGGCUGAGAACACCUUUUCUGAAGAGGUUGUAAAGCCCACAACUCCUGGUAGUCACUCUGAUCUUGCUGCAACACAAAGUCGUAUGCUAAAAGAAGAAACUGGGGAUGUUUCUCAUCCAUGUGUUGAAAUAUCUGAGAAUGUUAAUGCUGAAGAAGUUUCUCCUUCAUGUUUUAAGAAACCAGAGGAUGAUAAAGAGGAAGCUCUGCACAAUGACUUUGAUUUUGUUCCAGCUGAAAGUCAACUACUAAAAGAAGAAACUGAGGAUGUUUCUCAUCCAUGUCUUGAAAUAUCAGGGGAUGUUAAAAAAAAGGAAGCUCAGGGUGAUCAUCCCGGCUUUGCUGCUACUGAAGAUUGUCAGCUGGUUGAGGAAACUAAGAAAGUUUUGCCUCCAUGUCUUGAAAAUGCAGACGACGGUAAAAAAGAGCAAGCUGUCUAUGAGGACCUGCCAAAUGCUGAUGUUCUGGAGACUAAAGUGGAGCAACGUCAAGGGUCCAUUGAACAAGACAAAGUUGCCAAAGAUACUUCUAGUAGGCAGACAAAUGAUGCAGAAGUUCCAAAGAAAUCAUCUCUGUGGGGAAAUAUGAAGUCAUUUGCAGAAGGCAUUGUCCGCAUCUGGAGAAAAAUGUAAAUGUUUGUCAAGGUAAUGCUUGGUACUUUUAGAAUCUUUUGUCUGGGAAGUGAUAAUGUAUCUGAGACUAAUAUGAGAUGUGAUAGCUCGCUUCUAUUAUACGUAUCUUCCAUCUUAGAGUUUCAUAAUCACU